ACUGAUAGCAACCCUAUAGGACAGAGUAGAACUGCCCCAUAGGGUUUCCAAGAAGUGCCUGGUGGAUUUGAACUGCUGGUCUUUUGGUUAGCAGCCAUAGCUCUUAACCACUAUGCCACCUGGGUUUCCUCUUUUUCCCUUAGCAUUUUGUAAAUAGCAUGAUUUGUUGGACCAGUGAAGACCCUCAUGUCGUUACUGAAACUUGUACAAAGAUUAUUAAGAAAAACAACUUAAAAAGGAGAAUCACAGUGAUUUGGCAGUUUUUAGUCAAUCUGUGAAUAUGUGAAGCUUUUAAUGAUUUUACCCAUUUGUAAUAUCUACAUAUACUGAUUGGAGCCCUGGUGGGGCAAUUGUUAAGAGUUAUGGUUGCUAACCAAAAGGUUGGCAGCUCAAACUCACCAGCCUCGGAAACUCUGUGGGACAGUUCUACUCUGUCCUAAAACAUCACCAGGAGUCAGAAGCAACUCAACCACUACAGAUUUGGGUUUUUUUUUGGUAUAGGUACUGACGAUUCUGUAACACCCCCAGGACUCAGGCCAGCAUAGCUCUGGUAGCAUGCUUGCCUGUUUCCCACUUUUGUCCCUUGGAACAUAUGCCCAAUAAAAUUUUUCUUCUUGCUUUACUGUAAUUUCGGGGUGAUUUUAACCUAGGACAAAGUCAGCAUCAGCCCUGUGGUGCGGCGAGCUCUCACACUGUAAUCUGCACAAUUUCCAGGAUUUUCGGGGGGCGGGGGCAGGCCAUAGUAGAGAAUUUAUCUGAACACAUCCACUUGUCUUGGAAGCGAGCUCCAGGCCUUCAAACCAAGGGGGGGAAGCCCAGCUUCCCCGCAGCCCACAGGAUGGCUUUUUGUCCUCUUGUCCUCCGGGCGGACAUACCUCUCAGCUCCAAUCGCCUCUUCUCUGCCACCUGCAGGUCGUUUUCAGGGACUGCUCAAGGGACGGGUACGCUUGGAGCGGGGAGUCCAGAGAACACUUGCUCGGGUUCAGCCGCGUUUCCACAGACUCCAGGCCCUCCCGCCUCUCCUCCAAGACCCCGAGCCAUGGCGCGGGUGCUGAUUGUGGGCGCGGGGUUAACAGGAAGCUUGUGCGCCGCGCUCCUGAGGAGGGAGGCGUCCUGUCCUUUGCAACUCUCUGUGUGGGAAAAGUGUGGGGACUCAGGGGGAAGAAUGACUACGACCACUAGUCCUUAUAAUCAACAGUGUACAGCCGAUUUGGGUGCUCAGUACAUCACCUGCACUCCUUAUUAUGCCAAAAUACACCAAAGUUUUUAUGAUGAACUGUUAGCUCAUGGUGUUUUGAAGCCUCUGACUUCUCCUAUCGAAGGAAUGGUGAUGAAAGAUGGAGACUUGAACUUUGUGGCACCUCAAGGAGUUUCUUCAAUUAUUAAGCAUUACUUAAAAGAAUCAGGUGCAGAAGUCUGCUUCAGACACGGUGUAACCCAGAUCAACCUGAGAAAUGAUAAGUGGGAAGUCUCCAGGGAAACAGGCUCUCCUGAGCAGUUUGAUCUUGUUGUCCUCACUAUGCCUGUUCCUGAGAUUCUGCAGCUUCAAGGUGACAUCGAGAACUUAAUUAGUGGAUGCCAAAGGCAGCAACUGGAGUCUGUGAGCUACUCCUCUCGCUACGCCCUGGGCCUCUUUUAUGAAGCUGGCUUGAAGAUUGAUGUCCCAUGGGCUGGGCAGUACAUCACCAGUAAUCCCUGCAUACGCUUCAUCUCCAUUGAUAAUAAGAAGCGCAAUAUAGAGUCUCCAGACGUCGGGCCUUCCCUAGUGGUUCACACCACUGUCCCAUUUGGAGUUACGUACUUGGAACACAGCACUGAGGAUGUGCAGGAGUUAAUCUCCAGGCAAUUGGAAAGCAUUUUGCCAGAUUUGCCUCAGCCACUUGGUACGAAAUGCCAGAAAUGGAGAUAUUCACAGGUUACAAGUGCUGCUGCCAACUGUCCUGGCCAAAUGACUCUUCAUCUCAAACCUUUCCUUGUGUGUGGAGGGGAUGGCUUUACUCAGUCCAACUUUGACGGCUGCAUAACUUCUGCCAGAUGUGUUUUGGAAGCUUUAAAGAAUCAUAUUUAGUACCAGUAUCCUUACUCUCUACAUGUACCUUGGGGUUUUGUUUUCACAAUUUUCUGUUAUUCAUUAUUUUGUUUUCUAUUUCUUUGAGAGAAAUGACUGGAAAAUUGUUCUCCACUUAUUGUCAUUUUUCAUAUGAAGUAUAAAAUCAAUUUUAUAACACUGAUA